ACUCUUGAAUUUCACCGUGACAAUACACAGAAACCAAACCAACCUAAUCAACAUGUCUGACGCACCCGCUGCACCCGUCGCUGCCACCCCUAAGGUCAAGAAGGUCGCUGCCAAGAAGGCUGCCAAGCCCAAGGUCGCUGCUGCCCACCCUCCCUUCGCUGCCAUGAUCACUGCUGCUGUCAAGGCUCUGAAGGAGAGGAACGGAUCCUCCCGUCAGGCCAUCCUUAAGUACGUCCUCGCCAACUACAAGGUCGGAGAUGCCGCUAAGGCCCAGGUUCGCGUCAAGCUUGCCCUGAAGAAGCUUGUCGCUGCCAAGAAGCUCAUUGCUGGUGGAGCUGCUGGCAAGAAGGGAGCUGGUUGCUUCAAGGUCCCAGUUGCAGCCAAGGCUGAGAAGCCCAAGAAGGUUGCAAAGAAGCCCGCUGCUAAGAAGGCUGCCAAGAAGCCUGCAGCCAAGAAGGCCGCAAAGAAGCCCGCUGCAAAGAAGCCUGCUGCAAAGAAGCCUGCCGCCAAAAAGCCUGCCGCUAAGAAGCCUGCUGCUAAGAAGCCCGCCGCUAAGAAGCCCGCUGCAAAGAAGGCUGCUGCCAAGAAGUAAACUUCUCUUAAACUGAAAAAUCCUUAAUAUUCAUACUGAAACCAUGUACUGUAAAUAUUUAAAUUUGUACCUGACAUAAUAAAUAAUAUAAUGAUAUAAACUAUUUAUAAAUUGA